AUGAGCCAAGGCACUUCGCUGUACCGGCCCAACGACAGCAAACUGGCCUUUUUCUGGCACAGAUUCGACCGCAAAUACAUGAAGCCCGUCUUCUCUCGCCUCACCGCAGCUGUACUCGGGGGCCACGAUGGCGCGGAUGACCAUUUAGGACUGUCUCCACCGCCACACAGCCGUGACCACACAAUGAGCGAUGACGAGGAUAGUAUAUCGGGAGACGAACUCGAAUUGGCCGAAGCAAUGGAAUUGGAGAUUCGGCGCCAAGCCAGUUUUAAAAAUCAGGACUUAUCUGCGGUGAACAAUUAUUAGGUGCGCCAACAACAAUGUCAGGUGGAGUAUCGCC